GAGAGAGGAAAACCAAACGAAACGCACAGAAAGACACAUACAGAGGGGGGAGAGAGAGAGAUUAGGGAAUUGAAGCAAGCUUCGAUUUCCAAGACAAAGGGUAUCGAAAGGGUAUUGUAGCGAAGAAGUUAACGGGACAGUUGCGUCUUUGGGUUGAGAGAUAGGGGGAAGGUUAAGAGACAAGACUGGGGAAGAAGAUAGCUCUUUGGUUCGAGGGAAAGUAGCUUCUGGGUCGGAACCGGUUGUGGCUCUUGCAGAGAUUGCGGAGCUCAAGACUCAAUCUUUUCUCCGAAUUGAUUCGAGUUUUGGUCCGAUUUGGGUUUCUCUUGUAGCAAAUGGCUGCCCCAGACAACAUAAUCGUGGGCUCACAUGUGUGGGUUCAAGAUCCUGAUUUGGCGUGGGUGGACGGGGAAGUCAUACGGAUCAACAAUCACGAUGUUCAUGUACAUACUAGGAAGGGCAAAACCGUGGUUACAAAUAUAUCAAAACUGUUCCCAGAAGAUACCGAAGCUCCACCAGGAGGUGUAGAUGACAUGACAAAGCUUUCAUACUUGCAUGAGCCCGGAGUCUUACAGAACCUUGCGACGAGAUAUGAACUUAAUGAAAUCUAUACGUAUACAGGGCAAAUCCUAAUCGCGGUUAAUCCGUUCCAAAGGUUGCCUCAUCUGUAUGACACUCAUAUGAUGGAACAAUAUAAAGGAGUUGCUCUUGGAGAGCUAAGUCCGCAUGUUUUUGCAGUUGCUGAUGCUGCAUACAGGGCAAUGAUUAAUGAAGGAAAGAGCAAUUCCAUUUUGGUUAGCGGAGAAAGUGGUGCAGGUAAAACUGAGACAACGAAGAUGCUCAUGCGGUACCUUGCCUUCUUGGGUGGGAGGUCAGGUGUAGAAGGAAGGACAGUUGAACAGCAAGUCUUAGAGUCCAACCCUGUUCUCGAAGCAUUUGGCAAUGCCAAGACCGUCCGAAACAACAACUCAAGUCGUUUCGGUAAAUUUGUGGAAAUCCAAUUUGACAAGAAUGGAAGGAUAUCUGGGGCAGCUAUUAGGACUUACCUGCUCGAAAGGUCUCGUGUUUGCCAAAUCUCAGAUCCUGAAAGGAAUUACCAUUGCUUUUACCUUCUCUGUGCUGCCCCACCAGAGGACAUAGAGAAGUACAAGCUGGGGAAUCCACAAUCAUUUCAUUAUUUGAAUCAGUCAAAUUGCUAUAAACUGGAUGGUGUUGAUGAUGCUCAUGAAUAUCUGGCAACCAGGAGAGCUAUGGAUAUAGUUGGAAUUGGUGAUGAAGAACAGGAGGCAAUCUUCAGGGUGGUUGCUGCAAUUCUUCAUCUAGGAAACAUCAAUUUCGCUAAAGGCAAGGAGAUAGAUUCCUCGGUCAUCAAGGAUGAGAAGUCCCGAUUUCAUCUUAACUUGGCAGCAGAUCUACUUAUGUGUGAUUCACAGAGCCUUGAAGAUGCUCUCAUUAAGCGUGUAAUGGUUACUCCAGAAGAGAUUAUCACAAGAACUCUCGAUCCUGACAAUGCAAUUGGGAGUAGGGAUGCCCUUGCCAAGACUAUAUAUUCUCGCUUGUUUGACUGGAUUGUGGACAAGAUUAAUACCUCCAUUGGACAAGACCCUAGCUCCAAGUCCAUUAUAGGAGUUCUUGAUAUCUAUGGUUUUGAAAGUUUCAAAUGCAAUAGUUUUGAGCAAUUCUGCAUCAAUUUCACGAAUGAAAAACUGCAACAGCAUUUUAACCAGCAUGUUUUCAAGAUGGAGCAGGAAGAAUAUACCAAAGAAGAGAUUGAUUGGAGCUACAUCGAGUUUAUCGAUAACCAAGAUGUUCUUGAUUUAAUUGAAAAGAAACCAGGAGGGAUAAUUGCAGUUCUAGAUGAAGCCUGCAUGUUUCCUAAGUCGACACAUGAAACAUUUGCCCAAAAGUUGUUCCAGACAUUCAAAGAUCACAAGAGAUUUGUCAAACCAAAGCUUUCUCGCACUGAAUUUACCAUAUCACAUUAUGCAGGAGAGGUUACUUAUCAAGCUAACCAGUUUCUCGACAAGAACAAGGAUUAUAUAGUGGCCGAACAUCAAGCUCUACUGACUGCGUCUGGUUGCUCCUUUGUGGUGGGUUUGUUCCCUCCUCUACAUGAAGAAUCAUCAAAAUCAUCUAAGUUUUCUUCCAUUGGAUCACGGUUCAAGCUACAACUCCACUCCCUCAUGGAAACACUGAAUGCCACAGAACCUCAUUACAUCAGAUGUAUUAAGCCAAACAAUGUUCUUAAACCUGGCAUUCUCGAGAACUUCAACAUUAUUCAUCAAUUGCGUUGUGGGGGUGUUCUUGAAGCCAUUAGGAUCAGUUGUGCUGGUUAUCCUACCAGACGCACUUUCUAUGACUUUCUUAACCGUUUUGGUCUGCUUGCUCCAGAUGUUUUGGAAGGAAACUACGAUGACAAAAUUGCAUGUCAAAAGAUUCUUGAUAAGAAAGGUUUAAAAGGAUACCAGGUAGGGAAGACAAAGAUUUUCCUGAGAGCUGGUCAGAUGGCUGAACUAGAUGCUAGAAGAACUGAGGUGCUUGGAAAUGCUGCCAGAAUCAUUCAGAGGCGGGCUCACACAUACAUUGCUCGAAGGGAAUUCCUUUCUAUUCGCAAUGCAGCUAUUGUGUUGCAAUCCUUCCUGCGAGGUGAGAUGGCCCGAGCAGUACAUGAACAGCUGAAGAAAGAAGCCGCAGCCAUAAAAAUUCAGAAGAAUUUCCGUCGGUACAUUGCGAGGAAAUCUUUUGUGAGCAUGAGGUCAUCUGCAAUCAUUUUGCAGAAGGGCUUAAGGGCAAUGGCUGCGCGUAAUGAAUUCAGGUUAAGAAAGCAGACAAAGGCUGCCAUCAUGAUUCAGGCUCGCUGGCGUUGUUUCCAAGCUUGCUCAUAUUAUAAACGGCUUCAGAGAGCGGCAGUUGUGUCUCAAUGUGGUUGGAGAUGUAGAGUUGCUAGAAGGGAGCUUAGAAAGCUGAAAAUGGCUGCAAGAGAAACUGGGGCUCUUAAAGAAGCUAAGGAUAGACUAGAGAAGCGGGUCGAGGAGCUUACGUGGCGUUUGCAACUGGAGAAACGAUUAAGGACUGAUCUCGAGGAGGCAAAGGUGCAAGAAGUUGCAAAGCUUCAAGAUUCAUUGCAGACCAUGCGAUCUCAGCUGAACGAAGCUGAUGCGAUGAUUUUAAAUGAACGGGAGGCAGCUCGAAAAGUCAUUGAAGAAGCACGCCCGAUUAUUAAGGAAACCCCUGUCAUUGUUGAAGAUACCGAAAAGAUACGUUCUUUGAGCAAUGAGGUUGAGAAGCUAAAGGCAUUGUUGGAAUCAGAAAUACAUAGAGCAGCUGAAGCGGAGCUAGCUCACGCUGAUGCAUUGGCCCAGAACGAGGAAUUGAGCAAGAAACUUGAAGAAGCUGGGAGAAAAUUAGACCAGCUUCAAGAUUCUGUUCAGAGGUUCCAAGAAAAGGUCUCUAAUCUGGAGUCAGAGAAUCAGGUACUCCGGAAACAAGCCCUUGCAAUUUCACCAACUACUAGAGCUUUGACCACCAAACCAAAAACUACAAUCAUACAGAGAACUCCUGAGAAAGAGAUCAUCCUCAAUGGUGAAAUUAGGAGAGUUCAGGAACCGGAAACGGAAGAUAGGCCACAGAGAUCGCUUAACGAGAAACAACAGGAAAAUCAAGAGCUCCUACUGAAUUGUAUUUCACAAGAUAUAGGAUUUUCUGAAGGCAAGCCUGUUGCUGCGUGUCUGAUAUACAAGUGUUUGCUGCACUGGAGAUCAUUUGAGGUUGAAAGAACAAGUAUCUUUGACCGCAUAAUCCAGACAAUAGGAUCUGCCAUUGAGACGCAAGAUAACAAUGAUGUAUUAUCCUAUUGGCUAUCAAAUUCCGCAACGAUAUUGAUGUUGCUUCAACGCACAUUAAAAGCUGGGGGAACAGCGAGCUUAACUCCACAAAGGCGACGGGGAGUGUCAUCAUCUUUAUUUGGAAGGGUGUCUCAGGGUCUCCGAACUUCUCCGCAAAGUGCAGGAUUCUCAUUUCUCAAUGGACGUGUGAUCGGGGGACUUGGUGGAAUAGACGAACUACGUCAAGUCGAAGCUAAAUAUCCGGCUUUGCUUUUCAAGCAGCAACUCACUGCUUUCCUGGAAAAGAUAUAUGGAAUGAUAAGAGACAAUAUGAAGAAAGAGAUAGCCCCUUUGCUUGCUUCAUGCAUUCAGGCGCCAAGGACAUCACGUUCUGGUUUAGUAAAAGGACGUUCACAGAGUAACACUGUUGCUCAGCAAGCUCUGAUUGCCCAUUGGCAAAGUAUUGUCAAAAGUCUAAACAACUGCUUGAGGACCAUGAGGGCCAACUAUGUUCCUCCAUUGCUCAUUUCUAAAGUCUUUGCUCAGAUAUUUUCGUUUAUAAACGUUCAGUUGUUUAACAGUCUCCUUUUGAGACGGGAAUGCUGUUCGUUUAGCAAUGGGGAAUAUGUAAAAACGGGCCUUGCUGAAUUGGAACAGUGGUGCCAUGAUGCAACUGACGAGUUCACUGGUUCGGCUUGGGAUGAGCUAAAGCAUAUAAGACAAGCUGUUGGAUUCUUGGUCAUACAUCAGAAACCGAAGAAGAGCUUAAAAGAGAUAACCACCGAGCUUUGCCCGGUGCUUAGUAUCCAGCAAUUAUACAGAAUCAGUACUAUGUAUUGGGACGACAAAUACGGUACACAUACAGUAUCUUCCGAGGUCAUCUCGAGCAUGCGGGUUUUGAUGACAGAGGAAACGAACAACGCUGUCAGUAGCUCGUUCCUACUAGACGAUGAUUCGAGCAUUCCCUUCUCGUUGGACGAUGUCUCCAAAUCGAUGCAAAGCUUAGAGGUUGCAGAGAUUGAUCCGCCUCCUCUGAUACGCCAAAACUCAGGAUUCAUGUUCUUAUUGCAAAAGUCAGAUUGAAAUUCCGACAGAACAUAUCCCAUUUAUGUCCCCCUUUUGUCACAGUAGAACAGGAGUUGCGUUUGAAAGCUUGUAUAUAUAAGUCCUUGUAGUGGCAGUCUGGUAAUAUCCUCAAUUGUUGGGGAUAUAGUUGUAAACUCAGGUCCCAGUAUUUGCGAGGAAAUGUUCUCCGCAUUGUUAAUUUGUUAGCCAUAUUUUUUGUGGGCUAAUACUAAGAUUUAUUUAUUCUAUUUAUAGGCUUGCUUAA